UUUGUUUUGAUGGUGUUUUUUUAAAGUGUAGAAAAUGAUUGAAAGCGGUGACGACGUCGUCGCUGCUGCGACUUCACAAUUGGACAUAUCAACGCGCCUGGCUGCGCUGAGUCGUUGGCAGGAGGAACAAAAGCGAUUGUUGGAGGAGCGUCAAUCAAAACAACGCGAAAUUUUGGGCUUAGAACAACGCAAUAUGUACCAAAUGCUGGGACUGCUGCAAAAUGAACUUCAAACAGAACAUGAUAUGACAGAGGACAGCAUUUCGCAGGACCAGGAUGCAACGUUGUGUGAUGACCUAGAACAACCCGAAAUGCCGCGUCAUCAUGUAGCCUACCAAAUAGAGAAUAGCCUGCAGGAGCUGCAUCCAGACAAGGAAGCAUCCGCAAAACCAAAACGUCCUUUUCUGCGACGUGGAGAAGGCUUAAAACAACGCUUUAAGAUACAUCCCGAUCAGCUGCGUCUGGAUAAUUUGCCGCGCUACAAGUUUUCGAAGGCGCAUCCGCAAUAUCGCGCAGCUGCGCCUGCGCCUCCGCCUCAGCAGAAGAAAGCGAGCAUAUUAAAAAAGCGCAAGGACGCGGAACCAACUAAGAGUAAAGAAUUAGAUCCCCCACCACCACUUACUUUACCCGAGCAACGCUUUCAGCAGCUUCUGUUAAGCGCCAAUAAUGCGUGCAAUUCAACGCCUGAUCUCAAGUCUUCGUGUGCUUCGACAAGUGAUAGCAUAUCGCCCAAGGUGCGUUUCAUGGAGAUAAAAGAGCAGAUGGGCCAUAUGCCGGGUCAAUCGGCCGACGACGAAAACUCCACAGAUGCCAGCUCAAUGGCUGGCGUCUGUUGGGCCAAGGUGCUGGACACCCAACAAAUCAAACCGUUGCCAAUGCUUCAGCGGCGAACUGCUCAGAUUCGGGUCGAGGAGGAGGGCAACGUCAGCAUAUUUGAGCUGUUGGAACAGAAGGCACGCGAAGGUAAUAUCGACAUGAAUUCCAGCUGCAUACGCGCCUUUAUGGCACGCAAAGAGAAGCGGUACGAGGCGCCCGAUGACAGCGAUCACAUUGUGGUGACACAGAAAAUGCGGGAGAUGCGCCUCCAGCCGGAGGUAAAGGAAAUCAUCGGUCAGGAGGAGGAGCUGGAAAGCGAUGAAGAUACUGUUGGCGACAGCACUUUAACUCUCACGCCUAUUCAAGUAGGCAAAGCUAAGGUACGCGUGCGUUUCUCCGACUCCAAUGACACCCACGAAUAUACCGAUGGAGCCACCUUAUCAGCAAACAGCACUGUUAAUGGCAAUGUGGAGCUCUUUGAGCAAUUCAAGACAGCCCUCUUUCAAGCUCUGGAACAAAAGAAGGCACAAUGCCCCUCCACUGAGGAGCCACUCGCACAGGAGCUGCAUGCCAAAGCAAAUUUGGUGCGGGAACGUCUGCAGGAACUUGAAACCGAAAUUGCCACAUUUAAGGAGCAAAACUCACAACUCCUGCACCUGAAGCAGCAACAUGAGCUGGAAAAGGCGCGUUGCGCUCAGGAACAUCUGGAGGCCAUGGAGCGCGUGCAUGAUGAGAAAAUCCAGGCGGAGAUCUAUCUGCAUGACGAGCGCAUGAAAAUCGAGGAGGAGCGACGCAAGUUCGAGCAACAAAUGCGUCUACAUAAGUCCAACGUGAACAGCAAGGAGAAAAAGGAGUUGGCGGCACUAAAGCAGGAGGUGGAUGCCCUUCAGCUGCAGCUUAAACAAAAGGAACAGGCUCAUGUGUCGGCGCAGGCACGACUGCGGGCCCAAAUGCGUGCCCUUGAGAAGGAGCAACGCAGCUAUCGUGAUGAGAUAGAGUUGCUGGGCAAGGAGAACAAGCGUCUGGAGCAGGAGUUGAUAAGAUUGGGACGUGAGAACAACAACAAAAUGUUGCAGGAGAUCAAUAGAAACAUUGCACGUCUGGCUCCAAAGGUGACACCUAACUCAUCCGGACAGAUAUUGGAUGAAAAUGGGCGACGUACCAGAUCUUUGGAUGUUGUGGAAAUGGAGAAGCCAGCUAAAGAACGUGAGUCAACAAGACGCCGAGGCAGUAAUGCUCCAAAUGCCAAUACUCGCAGCCGUAGUCGUUCACUGGGAAGAACAAAGAAGCCUCCGGAGGCUUUAGAGGAAAGCUAUGCAUCCAGCUCCAGUUCCGCUGAUUCGGAGGCGCUUGAAGUGACACCAACGACCAGAAAGGUGCACUCGAAAGCCGAGAAUAAUGUCGAUAGCACAGCCACGGAACUGAAGCGUGAAAUUACAAAUGCGGAUGGUAGCAAAGAUAUUUGGUAUCCCAAUGGCAAUCUCAAGAAAAUUAGCGCCGACGGGAUGUCAGUGCGGAUGCUUUAUUUCAAUAAGGACAUCAAGGAGACGGACAUACGGGCUGGCACAGUCAAAUAUUAUUAUGCCGAAACAAAUACGUGGCAUACCAGCUACUUGGAUGGCUUGGAGAUUCUCGAGUUUCCUAAUGGCCAGACCGAGCAUCGUCACAAGAAUGGCGUUAUCGAAAUACAUUUCCCCAACAACACCAUCAAAAUUGUGGAUCCCAGUGAUACGGAAAAGCUGGAGGAGUGGCGCUACGCGGAUGGCACACAUCUCGUCCAGCUCCGCAAUGGGGACAAGAUACUCAAUCUGCCAAAUGGCCAGAAGGAGAUACACACGAAGCUUAAUAAGCGGCGUGAAUAUCCGGAUGGUACCGUCAAAAUGGUCUAUCCGGAUGGCAGCCAGGAGACGCGCUACUCCAAUGGUCGUGUGCGUCUCAAGGACAAGGAUGGCAAACUAAUUAUGGACACGGACUAUGCAAAAUAUUAGUAAUAUAAUUCGUUUAAUGUUAAAUUUGAGUGCAAGUCAUUACUUAUACGUGGGCUGCCUUUUAUUUAUUGGGCUGCCUGAUUUUUCUUUUACUAUUGUAUGGGUUUGCAUUUUUAAGAUCAACCUAUGAUGUACACAGAAAUAUAGACAAUAACUGUCGAAAUUUCACUUCCA